AUCUGUCACGGAUAACCUAGUGGGAGGCCGACCGCCAAGUCAGUGACCUUGCUUCGGCGCAAGUCAGCGGGCACUGGUGCCUGGUACGAAUCCUGGGGUCGUCGUUGUACUCGUGCGAGUAAUCCACGAUGCUACAAGGCGUUAAGCAAUGAAAGUGACCCUUGAGGGAAGCAAUUCUGCAGAGACACUUUCACCCUGGGAUGGCGUCGCCAGAUUACACCGUCCCGUUACAGGGAAAUUGGCUGUUUGGUUGGACAACUGCAUCUUCUUUUUUGCCUCUUUUUUUUUUCGUCCAUCUUUUUUUGUAUCCCGACCGGCCUUUUGUCCCCCUUCUCUUUUUUAUCCCCAUUCAUUUAAUUACUUUUCUUAUAAAGAAACACGGUGCUAUUAUAGUUAUAGUUUUCUAUUCAACUAAUUUACACGGCUAUAUAUCUAGGUGGUGGGUGGUGGGUGGUGUACGACAUCCUCUACAGUCUGUAUACCUUUCGCAAUUGGCCCCUAUUAUUAUCAUUAUUUCCCUUCUUCUGCUGUAUAUUAAUCCACUUGAUUUUCCCAAUAAAAUCUAUUCUAUCUGUAUCGCAUUUUAUCAUGGCUUUCUUACAUAUAAGAUACCAUGGAAGUGUCGCCCUUUCCCUCGUCUGCAUUCACCUCCCACGCUCCUACCCUUGACCACUUCAGGUUACAGAGCGUCUGCCCGCUUUCUGUUCUUCCUAUUAUGACUCGGAAAUGUUUCAGUCUUCUUCCCAUCGUCUUUCUGCUUGCAAGUUGGCAGAGGAUCAGAUGAAACUUCUCCGCUUCUCUACAGUCUACACUGCCUGGCAACCAUCAAGGCUAUCCUAGAAGCAGUUUGGCAACGAAUAUAUCCAUUCUUCUGGAUAGUUUCCUUUGGCUCGCUGCUUCCAAGCGACAGACUCAAUCUACGCUUUGCCACUGCCAUCCCCAACCCAUACCACGACGAAG